GCCAAUCAAAUCGUGAGGGGCGGGAUCGGGGGCCGGGCUACCUAGUGACGACAGAGUGUGCGACGUUUCGUGUGUAGUCCCAGAGAGAAGUAAACAAUGGCUGCCCCUAGCGAAUUCACGGCGUCUUUCGAUUCAGCUUUGGCAACGACUCUCGAAGAUUUGGAUAUUCAUUUCACCUUGCGAGACCAGCAGAUAACGGCAUUAAAGUUUUUUCUGCAGAAAAGGGACGUUUUUGGAGUAUUGCCCACCGGAUAUGGUAAAAGCCUGAUUUACCAACUUGCUCCGCUGGUGGGGCGACGCAUGGGUCUGCUGCACAAACCACUGGUGGUUAUCGUGUCACCCCUUUUAGCACUUAUGGACGAUCAGGUACAAGAGGCCGAAAAACUGGGUCUUACAGCUGCGCAACUUGGCAAAAGCGACCCGGAGGAGAUCCGAAGCGGGCGGUACCAGUUGGUGUUCGGGAGUCCGGAGUCCUGGCUUAACAAGGAAUGGCGAUGCUUGCUAGCCAGCAAAGUUUACCAAGACAACCUGUUGGGCCUUGUCGUGGAUGAAGUUCAUCUCACAUACAAAUGGGGAAAGGCUGCUAGAGGAGAGAAGGCUUUCAGAGAGAGUUUUGCCAGACUGGCCGAGCUACGGUCCAUUGUAAAACCAGGUACACCUAUUCUGGCCUUGACAGCAACGGCAGACCUGGACUCGCAAGCUGUUGUCAAAAGGCAGUUACAUUUGGAGAAUGCCACUGAAGUAAUCAUAAGCCCAAACAGAAAAAACAUAAGGCUUGGACUGUCUACAGUGUCUUCAGAUAGCAUGGAGUGUCUGAACUGGAUUGUGAGGGCGGUUAAAGAGAAGGGUCCAACAAUGGCACCAAUAAUCAUCUACUGCCGUACAUUGCCUAUGUGCGGGAAGGUGUUCUGUCACCUACAGUAUGAACUUGGUGAGGACAGCUGGGUGGAUCGGGAUCCAGAACACACGGCAGAAAACCGACUCAUUGGCAUGUUUCACAGCCAAACACUUCCCCAUCACAAGAUCACAGUACUGGAAUCAUUACGUGGCAAUGGUUCAUGCAGAGUGGUUGUAGCCUCCACAGCUCUGGGAAUGGGACUGAACUUUCCUAACAUAUCACAUGUUGUGAUGUAUGGCUCACCUGAGGAUGUGGAGGCCAUUGUACAAGAGGUUGGCAGGGCCGGGCGAGAUGGGUCUCCAGCACAUGCCAUAAUUUACAAAUUGAAGCAGGAAGCAAGAGUGAAUGAGGGCGUUAAGACACUGUUGAAGAAGGGCAUCACUAGUUGCCUUAGGAAGGCCUUAUUCUCACACUUCGAACAAAACACUGAGUGUGUUCUGCCGGGCCAUUUGUGCUGCUCAUACUGCCACUCUGUUUGCUCUUGCAGCUCUCCCAGUUGUGACGUGGCAAUACCCGAUUACGAACUGCCUCAACAGUACACUCAUGCCGUUGUCAAAAGCAGAGAAGUUACAGAGGAUCAAAGACAGACGAUUAGAGAUACUCUGUACAGAUACAAGCUCAGCUUAGUCCAGAACAUGCCUCUGUACACUAACAGCAGCGACUGCACUGGUUUUAGUAACGAGCUGAUAGACUGUGUUCUUGAGCGCUGCACAGAUAUAUUUGAUCUCCCAUUCAUAAUGGACAACCUACCGGUGUUCAGUAAAAGGCACGGACAGGAAAUUCUCAGCAUUAUUUUUAAUGUCUUUGGGGAUUUUGAAUACACUGAAGUUGAUCUGCCUGUGGAGGAAACUAUGGUGCCAGACCAAGACUACACAGGUUACUUUGACUCUGACUCUGAUGCAAACGCCUUGUCCCAAUGGAGCAGUCUAGAAUCCGGGGUGUCACAGUUGAGUACAGACUGAAACAUUUGUUAGUCAUUUCAUAUGACCACUGUACAUACCUCUUACAUCUUUGAAAGUACUGCCUGAAUACUUAUGUCAGAUGACUGCCUGUAAAUAAAAUUGAAGAACG